CGGCCAAUACCUCUAACCAAGACAAUCGCCGCCCAAAACCCUUUUCAUAUUUCCAAUUAGUCAACUUUAUUUGCCUCACCCCAUCGCGAUAUUCCUUUUCACUAUCUUCCAAACCGUUUCGAAUCACUCCCUUCGGCUCUUCGGCAUUUGUCUAAUUGAGUGUCAAAUUGUCUACAGAUACAGAUCUCUCAUCUCGCCUGUAGUGAUCACUAGACGAUCCUUCAAGCAAACACCUUCAAGACCGAUCUAAAUCAGACCAAGAUGUCUACCGCUGCCCGCCGCCGCUUAAUGCGUGACUUCAAGCGCAUGCAGACGGAUCCUCCCGCUGGCGUAUCCGCGUCUCCCGUUCCCGAUAACGUUAUGACUUGGAAUGCUGUCAUCAUCGGACCUGCCGAUACCCCGUUUGAAGAUGGAACCUUCCGACUUGUAAUGCACUUCGAGGAGCAAUACCCGAACAAGCCGCCUGCGGUCAAGUUCAUCAGUCAGAUGUUCCACCCCAACGUCUAUGCCACAGGCGAGCUGUGUCUAGAUAUCCUUCAGAACCGAUGGAGUCCUACGUACGAUGUCGCGGCUGUCUUGACAAGCAUCCAGAGUCUCCUCAACGACCCUAACACCGGCUCUCCUGCAAACGUGGAGGCGUCCAACCUGUACAAGGACAACCGAAAGGAAUACACCAAGCGAGUUCGAGAGACAGUUGAAAAGAGUUGGGAGGAUUAAGCUGUUCCUCUGCAUCAUCCAAACCUCAUAUUAGCCUUCGACAUAAUAGAAGGGUUACCUAAGUUAUCUUAACCCAUCUCUACAGGCGUUAGGUAUGGGGUUCUGGCCAGGAUUAAUUCCACAAGUAUGAGUAUGAUGUGGCAGGGACGAGAGUGGUAAUAUAUCUUCUUCAAGGGGCGCAAGGGUUCGGCGUUUUGGUGGGCGUCGGAUAGGAGGUAUUAUCGACUUGGCUGGGUUGGGUUAUUCUGGAGGAACUUCUUCUUCCUAAUGCCCAUGUGAUCAACGUCCUAGACCAGUCUUUCUACGUCAGUGUUAUUUCCAAGAUCCUCGCAUCAGCCCAGGCGUUUUCAUUUCGUUCUUAGCAAGAAAUGCUAGACAUGGUCAAUACGGCACUUAAUCGUUUAGUUCGUAGCAGAAAUACAAAGAAUAACAAACGAAGCAAAACUUGCAUAAUGCUUAGUAAAUCAGUCCUUUUAUG